AUGAAGGUACUAUUCUAUGGGUUGAUUCCAAUCGCCCUUUAUGCCUUAUUCAAUCACUUGUUCUACACUUGGCUUCCAACAAACUAUAAAUUUGACAAAGUGGUGUUACAAAAUCUUGUCCAGGAUGUAUUAAAAAACCAUCCUGAUGGGAAUGCCACUGCCAUUAUGAUUGAUUUGACUCCAAGAAUCCAGCAAGAGUACCCAGGUCUCAUUAAUGACUUGAAUUUUGACGAUUGGGUUUACAAUAAUGCCGGUGGGGCCAUGGGACAAAUGAUCAUCUUGCAUGCCUCGAUAUCGGAAUACUUGAUCUUUUUCGGCACAGCGGUUGGAACCGAGGGCCAUACUGGAGUCCAUUUUGCUGACGAUUACUUUACUAUAUUGAGUGGCGAACAAAGAGCAGCUUAUCCCGGUCACUUGGAACCAGAAAUCUACAAACCUGGCGAUCAACAUCAUUUGCCCAAGGGCCAUGUUAAACAAUAUGCUAUGCCAGGUGGAGCCUACGCUUUGGAAUUGGCACAAGGUUGGAUCCCGGCAAUGUUGCCCUUUGGAUUCUUGGACACAGUGAGCUCGACAUUGGAUUUCCAUACUUUUUACUUGACAACGUAUUUCACUGCCAAAGAUAUGAUCAAGAAUUUAUUGAAUGGAAAAUUUUGA